AUGGAACUUCUGGCGAUAUCGAACAAACUCGAAACCUUCAACGACUGCAACGACAGAAUCUAUGCAGACGAGCAAUCGCUAGUAAUGGACGACAAUGGGAAUCCUCUUAUAUGUGUUUUCUGCCAAGACAAGGGAAAACACGAACCCAACAAUUGUCCAAAUGUGCGAAUCGCCAGUGAAAGAAAAGAAAUCCUAAAGAGAUGUCAGGGAUGCUGGUUCUGCCUCAAGAACCAUAUUGGAACAUGCGCCGAAAGAGAAGCCUGUGAAUACUGCGGAAAAGGGAGCCACAAUAAGGCCUUGUGU